AUGGACGCUGGGGACGCCAUGGAGAGGGGCGACCGCGCGCCGCCGCCGCCGCUGCCAGAGAGCCACGGCCCAAAGAUUCCUCAGGACGACAGCCUGCAAGUGCCACUGUUGAAGGAUAAAAAACGUGCCGGCAGCAAGGCACCGGCUGUUGUUCUUUGCUUCGAGUGUCUGGAGAGCACAGCGUUCACUGGCAUCUCGACGAACCUGGUGGUGUACCUGGAGACCGUCCUCCAUGGCAGCAACCUGGCCAGCGCAUCCGACGUCACGACGUGGUUCGGCACCAGCUUCCUGACACCCGUCUUCGGCGCCAUCGUCGCAGACACCUUCUUGGGCAACUACAACACCAUCAUCGUCUCUCUCGUCGUCUACCUCCUUGUACGUAUACGGCAGGAUGCUAACAGAUUCUAUGACGCAGAGACACGGCAGGAUGCUAACGUACAGAUUCUGUGCAUGUCUGCCGCGUGCCAUCUGCAGGGGAUGAUGUUUGUCACCUUCUCGGCGUUCGUGCCCACGGCUGCGGUGCUCGGCGGCACGUCGGUGUUCGGCGCCAAGACCAUCGCGUUCUUCGGGCUGUACCUCGUGGCGAUUGGACGCGGCGGGGUGCAGUCGUCGCUGGCGCCGUUCGGCGUGGAGCAGUUCGACGACGACAACCCGGCGGACCGGGAGAGGAAGGCGUCGUUCUUCAGCUGGUUCUACCUCUGCGUCGACUUCGGCAUGAUCGUCUCUGCCCUCAUCAUCGUGUGGAUCCAGGACAACGUCAGCUGGGGCCUCGGCUUCGGCAUCUCCACCGCCUGCCUCGCGCUCGCCUUCGGCGCCUUCGUGCUCGCCACACCCAUGUACAAGCGCCGCAUGCCCAAGAGCCUCAGCCAGGUCGUCGCCGCCGCCUGCAGGAAGAUCACUCUGAAGGUGCCUUCCGACGCUGGCAUGCUCUACGAGGUCAGAGACAAGGUGGACACCCAGCCCAAGAUCGUGCAUACCGAUGAGUUCUCGUUUCUUGACAAGGCAGCUAUCAUCUCCGAGUCGGACAUGGAGGAGAUGUCGGAGGAGGCCGGAUCGUCAUGGAGGUUCUGCACCGUGACCCAGGUGGAGGAGCUCAAGAUCUUGAUGCGGCUGCUGCCCAUAUGGGUGACCAGCGUCAUCGUGUCCUCGGCGUACGCGCAGAUGACCACCACCUUCAUCCAGCAGGGCAGCGCCAUGAACAUGUCCAUCCUGUCCGUGCCGGUGGCGGCGGCGUCGAUGGGCUCGUUCGAGGUGGUCUUCCUCCUCACAUGGGUGCUGCUCUACGGCAAGGUGAUCGUGCCGGUGCUGAGGGGCUUCUCCUCCGGCGGCGACAGCGAGCCGUCGCAGCUGCAGCGAAUGGGCGCCGGGCGGCUACUCAUGGCGCUCUCGAUGGCGGUCUCGGCGCUCGUCGAGAUGAAGCGCCUCGACAGCGCGGCACGUGGCGACGAGAUCACCAUCGCGUGGCAGCUGCCGCAGUACUUCUUCAUGGCCGGCGCCGAGGUGUUCUGCUACAUCGCGCAGCUGGAGUUCUUCUACGCUGAGGCGCCGGCCACCAUGAAGAGCACGUGCACGUCGCUCUCGCUGCUCACCAUCGCGCUGGGAAGCUACAUGAGCUCGUUCAUCUACGCCAUCGUGGCGGCGUUCACGGCGACGGCCGACAGCCCCGGGUGGAUCUCCGACAACCUCAACCAGGGGCACCUCAAUUAUUUCUUCUGGACCAUGGCUGCCAUGUGCACGCUCAACUUCGUCGUGUACAGCGCGUUCGCCAAGAACUACAAGCUCAAGACGGUGCUCUCAUGA